AAGCAAUAAUUUAGAAUUGCUAGCUUACACACGCAUUUAUCUAUCAAAUCACUAGCUAAAUUAUCACAGCAACGGUUGAUGGGCAAUUUUGGGGAACUUGGUCCCCAGAUAAAAAUUUGUUCUACAGCUCAUGACAGAAAGAAGGUCAAGUGAGCGAUAAUAGGAGGGAAAUUAAGAAAAGAAUACGAUCCGCCAAUGAGGGAGUGCGUUACGGGGAUUUUAUCACGUCCUUUGUGUCUUGGCCAAUCACAAUGAAUGUUAUAUCUGGAACUUCGAAGCACUCCCGCACGGUUUUCCUUAGCGCAAGAGUAGCUUUCUGUGUCUGUCACACUCGCUAAACUCGUGGAGCGUCUGUAAAUAUCGACGAAUAACCUUAGCACACUAUAUUUACGCAUUGCAGUGGAACUAUAGUGUUUUUAUGGGAGACAACAUAUUGAAAAGUAAGAGCUUGGGUGAAGCUGAUGCAGAACUGGUAACAAGAGCGCGAAGCGCGUCCUUCGCUCUGUCACGAUUAGUGUUAUGAAUCUCCAUAAAAAAGGGACGAACGCUAAAAAUUCUUCCUGCUCCUGACUUCAGUAAUACGACAGAAAAUCUACCAAGCCACUCAUAAGGACCUAUCGAGACGCAGAUAUUAUAUAAUUUCGUGAUUCUUAGUCACAGUAUUCGUCAAAAUAACGACAGGCCUUCUUCGGUUCAGUAGGACACAAACCGCCAGGGUUGACAUACGUUCGGUCGUUUGCUCAUAGCCCGAUAGCAUCAGGCAUAUCGCAUCUUCGUGGAAUUUCUCCUUGUUGAGUAAGCCAAGUUUUAUUUACACACAUCCAUGUAAAAUGUUGGACUGUCGUAUAUACCCGUUCUCAAGCAAUUUAUUUCCAUCGACGUUUGCAAAUCCCAGCUCGUAUCAUCGUUCAAAAUACUAGAGCCCAACGAUAACAGACUACUUCUCGCCUUUACAGAAUCUGUUUCAAGAGUGCCUCAGAAGUCUUUCUUUAACUAAGAAAGCUAUAAAAUGAUGGAUGUUUAACUCACAAGUAAUAAAUGUUUUGGUGCUGCACUGGACCUCUAAAUUGAGGUAAGGGGAGGUCUUCAAAAGCAGUAUGUCUUAUAGACGCGAGGUAUCGGAGAGUACAGGGUCCAGCAGACUACCUCGACAGUACUCAAUUGGACCCCGCUCAAAAACCAUGAUAGAGGACACUCCUACUUCAAGGCAGAGGUCCAUUGAGAAGGAGCUGGUGGCCUCACCAGGGUUUACCCGACGAUAUGGGAGUGCCCGUUAUCAAAGGUCUGCAACUAUUGAUUUGCCUGGUAGCCCUAUUCAAAGUGGAAGAACUACCACUCGUUACAACAUUGGGUCAGCAAGACCUGGUGGCCUAGAAACGUCAACCCACGACCAUUAUUCAGGCACCUUGACAUCUUACUCGCCUUUGCUAUAUGGUAGGCAAUCACCUUUAACACAUGAUACAAGCUCGUCCCAAUACUCUCCAACUAGAAAAUAUACUCCAAGCUCAUUUAGUUCUCAGAGUUCAUAUUUAAAGGAUAAACCAAGUUACUCGUCGUUGGGGGGACCCUACUCUGACACGAGUCGAAAUUUCUCCAAGUACACUUCCACUAGAGAGAGAGAUUGGUCUGUUCCUUCUCCGGUCAUUUCGAGGAGGUUUGAUGCGAGCUCUCCAAACAGAAGCUCAACCAGCUCUUCCCGUGACUCUAGUGGAAGUCGCAAAAGUUCUCUUGGGAAAGAUGGGAGAGUGUUCUAUGUGGGUAGGUAUUCUGGUCGGUCAUCUCCAGUAAUUGAUAGUGAAGCUAGACGUGGAUCUGAACCUUUAGCCAAAAAUAACCGGACUCCGUUUAUUAGAAGUUAUUCAAUGCGUGACAGAGAUUAUCCCUUGAAACACAAUAAACACCAGGCACCGCUCGAGAGGAAGGCCUCGUUGCCUUCAUACAUCGCCUUUCAAGACAAAUCCUCGGACGAUGGCCAUAGAAAAAUUCCUUUGCCUGAGACUGUAGCCGAGGAAAGAUCAAGGAAGGGGAGUUGGCUACGGUCGCUGAAAAAAAACGAAAGUGAGAAAACCUCUAAAAAAAGAUCUGAUUCAACGUCACCGGGUUCUGGCAAGAGUAAAUUCGCCAUCAGCCAAUCCCCUUCUGUUGAACAAUCUAGCGAUGCUGGAGGUUCACGAAAGAAGUUCUCAGUCCCUAGCAAAUACUUCUCGUCAUCAAAAGGAACCGUCGGAUCUCGAGAUUCCGAGGGUAGUACUGAGAUGAUCGAUGUGGAAUCGAGUGGGGUGAAAAAGAAGCAUUCCCUUCCCACUAAGUUUAGCUUCAAGAAGAGAAGUUCCAGCAAGGAACGGUCUCCAAAAACCGAGUCAGCUCCUGCAACCCCUAUAACCUCAAGUCCUGAAUUAAGAGAAAGACCCAGCUGGGGGCGAUCAUUCUCAGUAGAUAAUGAGCAAGAUAGGACCUUUGCCACCAUGAUGGGUCGGCUUAGAUUUUGGGAUAAGAAACAGAAGACCGAUGGCCGAUCGAGAUCUCAGUCUCCCGACGAACAUAGACAACGUUCUAAUUCAUCACCUCUUGAGGAUGAGACAGAUGCUCCUCCUCGACCUCCUCUUCCAGAUGACUACUCAAAACCAUCGUCUAGACCCCCAUCAAAGGUGCUUGUGAAAGCGAAAUCUUUGGACGAUGAAAAAGAAGGCUCUUUCCAGAAUUCUACCGACUCGGAUAAAGUCAGGUCAUGGACGAAAGUCGAGAUUGUGAGCAAAAGAGUAGAGAAAGAAGUAGCAGAAUUAAUCAAAACUGCUAACGAACUGGAUGAUAGUCCAAGGGAGCAGAGAAGAGCAAGGUACAGGAAAACGUCUGAUGGCAAAGAGAAGCCUGUUUAUUCGAUAUCAAUGGAUGCAGCUAUGGACUCGGCCAAGGCCGGAGACGGUGAAGAUCUCGGCAUCAUUGCUGCUACGAGAAUACAACCAAGACCACAUAUGCAAGCAGUAGAGCCAUCCCCGGAUCAAACAAGGUCGGAAAAACUGAGAGAGAAACGUCGACAGCGGCGUCUGGAGAGAGAAAAAUUCUUUGAGAGCUUUUCUCCUCCCACAGAGAAGAAGGUUUUGAACCAACAAAGUUUAGAUUCUGAUUCUUCAUUGGGGGAAGCCAAGCAGAGCAGGAGCCUGUCGCUUGGUAGUUGUCAACCCCCUGUAGCUACUACACAACGACCGGCACGUCUAACACUAAAAGUUUCAGAAGAAGCAACUCAAACAGUACCCGUUCAGAGGGUGGCAAGCCAUACUUAUCAACCUAACAACGAGCCCUUUUCAGGAGAAAUUUUCAGUCGCUAUAUCUGUGAAGACGACACGUCCAGGACCCUGCUUGAAUCAAGUAAACGGAAGGAAGAGAGGCCGCAUAGUAUUUGCGGAGGACCGCUAUCUCCUGAUGAAAUGAAAAAGUUCGAGGACAUCACUUUCUCGCUCGCUCGAAAGACUUCUUCGGAAGAGAUGGCGCGUCUCCCAGCUCACAAAAGAUGGUCGUCAUCUUCAACAGAGACAAGUAGUGCUAAAAACACUGAAGAUGAAGUCGGUGCAAAUUUUGAACGUGAUAAACCCCUAACGGUGGUAGCCGAGGCGUGUGAGGUCGAGAAGAAGGUUGUAGUGCGCAGUAAGACGGUUCCCAAAGUCGAAGUUAAACGUAAAGUAUCAAGCGGAGGAGAAGAGAGAAUAGAUGGGCCGUUGAUGUCGAUUUUCAAAAGGAAAACAUCUACGGUGCCUAGUGAUAAAGAAAAGAAAGACAAUGAAAAAGCUAGGUUGAAAGAAAUGAAAGAUAAAGAAAAGAUUGAAAAAGAAAAACGCGAGAAGGACAAGAGAGAGAGGGAAGAAAAAGAGAGGAAACGGAGACAGCAACAGUUAGAGAAGGAGAAAAAAGAAAAGGAAAAGAAACUCUUGAUUGAAAAAGAGAAGAGAGAGAAAGAAAAACAGAAGGAAAGGCUUCGCGAAAAGGAAGAAAAAGAAAAGCAAAAAGAAGCGGAGCGUGCAAAGAAGGAAAAAGAAAGAUUGUUGCAAGAAGAUAAACUACACGAAAAAGAAGAAAAGGAUCGGAAAGAUAAAGAAAAGCGAAAGGUAGAAAAGGAGAAACGAGAAAAAGACAAGCAAGUAGAGAAGGAAAAGAAGGAUUCUUUAAAGCGGGUGAAAAAGCGCAAGGAUAGUGACAAGGAGAGGAAAGUAAAAGAGAAAGAGGAAGAACAGAAAGUGAAAAUUGAAAAAGAACCGAAUAAAGUUACUGAGGUACAGCUCAUGGUGGAAGAAACCAAUAAAGAGGAGUCCCCGUCAACAGACCGUGACGCCGAAAGCGAACUACCGAAGGCUGGUUCUGUGUCAGCACUGCUCUCAGUCUUCGCUACAGAACCGUCGAAACCACUGAAGCCCGCGAUACGCUACUCGCGCAAGAACAGACCUAAGACUCUGGCCGUCGGCAUAGCGCCAGAGAUCCUGAAAGCUGCACGUGAGCAAGUGAAUAGGGACGAGAUGCGUGACAGGAACAGAGAGGAAUUGCGUGACAGGAACAUCACGCAUGACGACUUUGACGUUCGACUGUCACUCCCCUCUACACCGACUGAGUCAGAGGAGGCGGGGCAAGAGCUCCACCUUCUACAGGAGACCCAACAGGCAGAGGAGGAGCAAAAAAUAACAAGGAGGGAGACUAAAAAAUCCAAAUCCAAGUCGAGGAAGAAAUCCUCUUCGACUGUGCGACCGUUUGGAAUGAUGAAACACACCAAAUCGGAAUCGAAUCUCAACAACCGAUUCGAGUUUAUUCAAGUUGACAUCGCCAUCGAUGAUGCUGAUCAAGAAAAGACGCAGCAAGACGAGAAGAAGGACGAGAAGAAAGUGAUAGAACUCAAGCCUGUGUCUAAAGUGACAGUACCCCAGGCCGUGUCGGAUCUCAUGCUAAGUAGAGUGAGUGGCAAGAAACCGUCGCAGACAGUUCCGCAGAUUGAGCAAGCGGACGACGACCAGCAGAACGACAACCGCAGUGAUCAACCAAAAGGUGGAUUCGAUGAGGGACUGGACGCCUUUUUUGGAGAAACCUCGAGCAAGCAUUCGCCAGAAAAUAAAGAUGCGCUACCUAAAAUUAAGAUCACAAGUGAAGAUUUAGACGUUAUUUCAGGACAGACGACUGUUUAUCUCAAAUCGAAAGCGGAGGACAAACUUCAUCUAAAACCAAAAAGGCGUCAUGCAUCCAAAGCAAACCCCGUCAAGAACUUGCGAGAAAGGACCGACGUGCGCACAGAGACAGAGGUAACCAAGACCUCGCCCCGCGUAGAGAAGAAAGCAGUGACCAGCGAACACCCCGUGAUAAGAAGGAAGAAAAAAAAGUACAAAGAUCCAGACAACCUAUGGCGUCGACACACCGUAGACUUUGCUGCAUCAGCACUCGCAGGUCUCGCCAGCACCGAAGACUUCACGAAGAUCUCACUCCGAAAGACAGGUGGACCAGAGAAAGCCAAAGAGCUGGAUAGCUACCGUGGCACCAAGCCUCUUAUGCUCCUACACAUCAAGGGCCGACGUAAUAUCCAGACCCGGUUGAUUGAGCCGUGUCAGAAGUCUUUCAACUCCGGUGACUGUUACGUACUGGUUACCAAGGACGAGUUGUUUGCAUGGGUUGGAAAGCAUGCUAACGCGAUAGAGCGAGCCAAGGUGACCGAGAUAGCGUCACGUAUCUUCACUAAGCGAGAGCUCGACUGCAAAGCACGUGACAUCGUCUUCGUUGAAGAGAAAAGUCAAGACGAGGAUAAUCUUCGUGGGGCCAAGAAAUUCUGGAAACUGCUGAAUGGGGAUCCAGAAGCUGAGAUAAAAGAGGCUUCCAGUCUUCCGACAGACGAGGAUUAUGAGAAGGGCGUGACGAGAACGAACAUGAUUUACAAGGUCCACUGGACGGACCCGCCAAGCCUUGUCCCGGUGGAGACUCAUUGUGGCCGCUUGCCGCAGAUUUCGCUACUCGAUACUAAAGAGGUUCUGGUGUUCGAUUUCGGCUCUGAGCUAUACGUGUGGAACGGUCAGCAGUCUCUAUCGGGUCAGCGUAAGACUGUAUUUGCGCUUGGCAAACAGCUCUACGAGUCGUCAUUCAAGGGCCACGGCCCUUACGACCCUAUCUAUCCAUACGGCAAGGGGCGAGAGGUAACGCAGGAUAACAAGACCGCAGACACACGCCCUGCCUGGACAUUGCUGGCUCGGCUGCACGAGAAGGCGGAGACGAUACUUUUCAGAGAAAAGUUUUUGGACUGGCCAGAUCCGACCAAGAUCAUUAAGAUGAAAGGGCAUCCGAGCAGUGGCGAAGUUAUUAAGCCGCUGAUUGUGGUGGAGCUAAAGCCGUGUGACCCCAAGGCACUAGCCUCCACACCCGAACCAUUCAAGGGCCAAGUCCUGGAGGGAGUGAACGUAGGGCGUGGCAUAGGUGUGCCUACCGUGUGGACAGGGGACUUUUACAAGGAAGGGAAUCUGUGUAACACGGUGGGAGUGACGGUGUGGCACAUCAAUGAAUACAGACAUUACGAGCUGCCAAACGAGAACCAUGGACAUUUCCACUCAGGUGAGGGUUAUGUGAUACGUUGGGCGUAUUUUGUAAUGACGGAUCGUAUCGCCACUGACCGGAAGUCCCGAUGCCGGUCCACCGUGGCUGGACGUGUCCGGACCGCCUAUUUCUUUUGGCAAGGCAAUGACUGCACCGUGAACGAGAAGGGGGCCGCUGCUGUGAUGGCGGUGGAGCUGGACGAGGAGAGAGGUCCCCAGAUCCGGGUGACGCAAGGAAAGGAGCCGCCGUGUUUUCUCAAUCUUUUCAAGGGCGGGAUGAUCGUACACUCCGGCAACGCCAGCAAGUGUUGGUUCGACAGUCAGACGAGAGAUCAUAUGAAUGACAAAUCGGAGCGGUUUUCAGAUACUUCCACUGUCCGCCUGUACGUUGUUCGUAACGACGAGCCCGGUGAAGGAUGUCUCGUGCAAGUUCGACUCAGUGGCCUGUCACUGCGCUCUCGAGGGUGCUUCGUCCUUCUCAUGUGCAGGGACGGCAAGGUGUUCGUAUGGUACGGAGCGAAGGCUUUAGACGACACAAAGAAGAACGCACUUGUCGCUGCCAAAAACAUCCAAGCCAAGAAGCCUAUGGAGUGUAACGUAGAGAACACGACCGUCAUUACACUUCAAGAAGUCCAGGAAGGGGAGGAGCCUGAGGAAUUCCUCAAAGCGCUGGGCGGGAAGAAGUACUACUGUUCCUUGCUAAACGAUCCGUCGCCCCACCAAUUCACGCCCCGUCUGUACGAACUGAGUAGUGCCACGGGCAAGUUCAUGGCUAAUGAGGUGCUGUGUCCCUCGAGACUUGAAGGCAAGGUCUGCCAGUUCCCCUUUCUGCAGGAUGACAUGUACUCAGCCAAGCAGCCCGGUUUGUUCCUGUUGGAUAACCACUACGAGGUGUGUAUAUGGGAGGGCUGGAUACCCGAAGAUGACAUUGACUCGUUAACUGGCUCUGGCAAACAAAGAUGGGAUAAUGAUCGCAAGCUCGCAAUGGAAACAGCCCUCAAGUAUGCUGAAGAAGUAGGCAAGCGAGUUUCUCAUCGAGUCUUCGUGGUAUAUGCCGGCCUAGAACCCAUGUCUUUCAAAGCUGCUUUUCCGCAUUGGACAGAUAGGGCUUCUGUGAUCUCCAUUCAAAAACAGAGUGGCAAACAACCAGGUGCCAAGGAACCAGUCACAGAACUUCUUCAAACAUUUACAAAGGAUUCUUACACUUUAUCCGAGUUACAAGAACAGCCACCGCCACAAGGUGUCGACCCGGCGAAAUUAGAAACAUACCUCAGCAACAGCGAUUUCCAGGAAGUAUUCAAGAUGGGAAAAGAAGACUUCACAAAACUUCCAGGAUGGAAGCAACAAAACCUGAAAAAGGCCGUCAAACUUUUCUAAAAACUUCAUUUAGAAUUCAACCAUCUUUAUCAAUAUUUUCUUAUUGAUUUUGUUAGUUUUAUACAAGUAUUUGUGCGAUGUUUUUGAUGACUUUUUGCGUCAAGUUUUUGUUUAAUGUCUAGGUAUUCAUUUUUUUUUUUUUUUACCAGCAGACUAAGUCUGCUGGUAAAAUAGAUAAUUCGUAUUCAAAUUAGUGAAAGGACCAGGUAACUGCCGUGAAUUUCAGCAGAAUGUUUCCUCUGCGAGGGAAUAGAUUUCUGGUUAGUCGAAAAACGGAAUUGCCUGGUAUAUAUUUAUUUUAACAGAGCUGUACUAUAAGAAUGAUCGAAUGCGAGGCUACUAUUUAGAAUUGAAGAUUUUAAUUUAUCGACACGUGUCGACCACAUAAGAUAUAUAUAUAUAUAUAUAUAUUUUGUUUUACAAGAAUGUACAUUAUGAUUACAAAUGCCAUAUAACACAAACUGAAAAUAGUAUGAAUAUAAGCGAGGUAAGGAGACAGAUAAGAACAGGAAGUGCUUUUUUAUUGUUAAAGUGUUGCCAACCUUUUCUCCACCCAGGGGUGCAGCCAAGAGACAUUAUCUAAAAUACAGGAGAAAAUGCCUUGAAAGGGCCUUUUGGGCCACCUCCUGUUAAAAAUCCUGACUACGCCGCUGCCAUCGUUUUGAAAUUGACACCGCCAUUUUAAAUUUAUAGACGACUGAGUAGACUGAGAAGAAGUUGAAGCGAGUGUUGUUUGCGGUAUUUGUUGUUCUAGUUCCACCGCUCGUACAUGCUGGUUGUAGCAAACAAGAGAUUAGCAGUCUUUGUCUUGCAUAGUAUGCAGAGUGUAGAACAAAGUAUAAAUCCUGUAUUUACUGUAUUAUAUGUACAAGACCAUAUACUGACCAAUGGCAUACAGUCGUUUGACAAAAGGUUGUCGUCAACCUGCUUUGCAACUACGCGACAAGCCCGCAUGUAAGCAUGGGUAACAACCACUGAAGCGCCUAGCUGCAUAAAUUAGCCACUGCAUAACUUCAGACUUAUGCUGCAUUCAUACCAAAACCAUGUUUAGUUAAACAAGGAUUUUCUUUGCCUUAUUAACUUGCCAAGUUUCUCAUUGUGUUGAAUUCUUACUAGCUAAACGAUCACUAAGUAACAUGUACAGCACAGUCUAUUCAGUUCUUGGUUCUGCCCACUCUUGAAAUUUAUACCAGUUUAAUUAAACCACCUUUAAACUUGUGCUGGUGUGAAUGCGGUAUUAUACGCGGUAGCGGUGGCUAAUAUAUGCAGCUAGGCGCUUUAGUGGUCUUUACCAAUGAUUACAUGCGGGCUUGUCGCGUAGUCGCAAAGCACAUACAGAAACAUUAAGAAAAUAUUGGGGGGCCACAGCCACGCCCUUACAGGCCAUUUCCUUAUAAUUUUUUUAAAUAUUGGGGGGGGGGAGGGCAUGCCCCCAGUUCCCUACCCCUUGCUACGGCCCUAAAUAGGCUCUCUAGUUAUGGAAGAUGGACGCGCGCGUAGAUUACGAACUAAAACGGAAUGGACCGUCAAUACAUCAAUACAUGACAUAGCCAUGUAGAGCCACCUAUGAAUGGAAUAAACUAUUCACCUUGA